AUGACUUUCCAACAACAGUACUACAACACCUAUCCAGUUACCAAUGGCCCCAAGUUCUCCUCGGACAGCUCUCUCUUGGGAGCGCUCGGCUUCGUAACCCCAAACACGCAACAUAACAUCCGUCUGCCACAAGAUAUCUUCUGUCUUCAAUGUCCCCCUCGACAAGCUCUUAGCCGACCCGACGACCGCAUCCCACAUGUUACGACGCUCUUCGGCGACGGGGUGCCCUUCAGGUUUCUCGACGGCAGACAUGACUACGUUGUUCACCAGAUUAUCAAGGAUCCAAAUGGCCCCGCUUUCGAUGAAGCUGAGAACGUACCAGACAUCCUCCAAUUUCACAUCCGCUGGCCCGGAUACGAGCCCCAAACCUACGAGCUAUUUGCCAGAGACAGCCCCAAUGGACCAUCAGUGACCAGGCUUGAGUUCAUGAAGCGAGUUGUCAAGUUGUUCAAGAAGUUUUUCUCUACCGCUCAAGAAGAAGACAAAAUCUGUACAGAGCCAGAAUGGAGGAUCGGAGAUGAUGGUAUCAAGUUUGAGGAUCUAAAGCUAGGGAAGAUCAUGAACGUGUUCGCGAGGGAGCAUUGGCAAGCAGACAUCAUCGUCGAUAAGAGUCAACGGUGA